AUGUUAAAUAGAGGUUAUGUCGCUGUUGGCGGUAGCGAUGGAGCUUUGCGUGUUAUGCUAUUAAAUCUUGAUCAGGACAAAUCAAAUCCUCCUUCUUCAUUAAAUCCUUGGCUAUCUAGUCAACAACUUGAAGGCCACUCAUCUAGUGUUAGAGUAUUAAGUUGGAAUGAAGUUUAUCAAAAAUUAGCCUCUACAGAUGAUGCUGGUGUUAUUAUUGUUUGGAUGACACACGGACCAGACGAAUCUUGGUUUGAGGAAAUGGUUAAUAAUAGACAAAAAUCAACAGUAUCUUCUUUAAAAUGGUCAAAUGAUGGAAUGAAAAUUGCUAUUGCUUAUGAAGAUGGACAAGUAAUUAUUGGUUCAGUAGAUGGAAAUCGUCUUUGGAAUAAAGAUAUUGGUGGAUCUCUGACUAAAAUUGCAUGGAAUACUGAUGAUACACUUUUAUUACUUGGUUUUGCUGAUGGCGAGGUUCAUGCAUAUAGUCAAUAUGGCGAUUUUGUUAGUAAAGUUAAAAUGCUUUGUGUUGAAAAUAUGGAAUUAGAAACGGCACUUUCAAAUGCUGAUAUUUCCUAUAAUCUAACUGGUGAUGAAUCUUAUAAUACAGCAUCUCGCUUAAAAGUUCCCGAAGGAAGGCCUCCUUUCCUCGUUGCCUAUCAAAAUGGAAAUAUUCAAUUAAUGUGUAAUGAAAAUAUUUCUAAAGGUGUAAGUAUUGUCCGUUUACCUUCAACAUUAAUAAUUAUGGCACAAUGGUCACCAGAUGGGUCAAUGUUUGCCGUUGCUGGUUUACAAUUAGAUUUACCGGAAACUGAAAGAAAUCGUCUCCAAAGUAUUCGCUUGGCUCCUGGCCAUUUUGCCGGGAUUGCUUGGGAAAGUUCUGGCCAUAGACUUGGUGCUCUUAUUGACACAAAUAUUUAUUUGGUUGUUAUUAAAUUCCCUUAUCGUUGGACUUAUUGUGGACAAACACUAGUUUUUGCUUAUAAAACCUUGGAUUCUUUACAAGAAGUUUUAGUAUUUUAUGAAACAAAAAUGGAAGUAAAAACUAAACGUUAUGUUCAAAAUCUUUGUUCACUUAAAUCUUAUGGAGAUUAUUGUGUGACAAUUUUUAGAACAGAGGAAUUACGAGGAGCGUAUACGAUGCAACUUUGUGACAGUAUUGGGACACCAGUAGAUAGCCAUACAACUAAUGUUCCUUGCAAUGUUGUUGCUAUGAAUGCUAGUGUUGUAAUUGUUGCCUCUACAGAAUCUUUUAUUGUUUGGCAUUAUUCUGUUCCACGUCAAGAAAAUAUUACUGUCUCUACAGGCUUUCAGAAAACUGGAAAUACAAAUAGAAAUAUUCCCACAGAUCAGAAUGACAAAGUUCAUUAUAUAGACGAACAUCGUACAGAAAAGCAGCAACAACCAACUAAUGGAGUAACUACAGAUCCUAUAUGUGCUAUAGCUACAUCAGCUAAUUUCUUUUUAAUUGCUUGUGAAUCAGGAAUACUUUAUCGUUUUUCAUUACCUAAUGUCCAAUUACAAUCAACAUUUAAAUCAAACAUUCCAGCUCCAAAAUUAAUGACAAUUAAUUGUGAUGGUUCUAGAUUAGCUUUAAUAGGCAAAUAUAAUGUUUUACGUUUAAUUGAUUUACCCAAAGAAAAUAUAUUUACACCAAUUUUAACUUUUGAAAGGAGGGAAGUUUGGAGUGUUGAAUGGGAUGAUGCUAAAAAUGAUUUAUUGGCAUUAAUGGAAAAGCAAAGACUUGUAAUUGUUAGAGGAACUGAAACAGAUGAACCAAUUCCACAUAUUGGACGUAUUUGCCAAUUUAAAGAUUUAGUUGUACGCCUUGUUCUGCUUGAUGACAUUUUUAAAGAGCCCGAUCGUGUUAGCCGUCACUCUUUUGUUGAAAUUGAAAUAAAGAUACUUAAAACAAUAAAAUCAACACUCGAAUCUGACAAAUUACAAGACGCAAUUGCUCUUAUCGAGAAAGGAAAUCAUCCAAAACUUUGGAAUAUUUUGGCAAAAGACGCCCUAAAAAGACUUGACCUUCGAACAGCAGAACAUGCAUUUGUUAAAUUACAAGAUUAUGGGGGAAUACUUUUUCUUAAAAGAUUGCAAAAUAUUCACUCUGAUUCUUUAAAAAGAGCUGAAGUUUCUGUUUUUCUUGGGGAUUUGGAGACGGCGGAAAAAAUUUAUUUUGAAAAUGAUAGAAGGUAA